UGAGAGAGACCGAGAGAGACCGAGAGAGAAGGAGGAGGGGUGUAGACAGAGACAGGGAGACGGAGAGAGAAACUCUAGCAGUCUCAGAUCUUGGCUGUGGUGAGGACACCCAGGAGAGGUGGAUUCACAAGGCAGCCAGACGAGGAGAAGGCAGCGGGAAGGAGCAGAGAAGACGUCACGACACUCUUUAAAUCUCCUCCCGCGACCACAUCUGACUGCCCGUGACCUCCGCUGGACUCGCACACUCCUCACACACAUAAUUCCCUCGCUGCCUCUCACCAGCCGCACAACCUGCUCCGCUGCUCCGUCGGAAGGAAAGGAUUUCACCGAGUGAGGACAAGAGAAGGGAGAGAAUAAAAACAACAAAAAAAAAACAGACAGAGGAAAUUAAAGUCUCUAAAGAGAAGGAUACGAUCCUCUCACCCCGAGCUAGUGCCAUGCAGUGUUGACCUGAAUCAAGCCGAGCUGAAGUGAUCUGUUUUUUGAGGACCGUCUCACCAUCUCACCUGCCCCGCCUGGUCCCAGAUGGAGCUAAAAGUGUGGGUGGACGGAGUGGUGCGGGUGGUAUGCGGUCUGUCUGAGGAGACGUCCUGCCAGGAUGUGGUCAUUGCUCUGGCACAGGCCAUUGGUCAGACAGGCCGGUACGUUCUGAUCCAGCGUCUCAGGGAUACAGAGAGGCAGCUGCUGGCCACAGAGAAGCCUCUGGAGUCUCUGGCCAAGUUAGGCCAGCAUGGCAGCGAAGUCCAGUUCUUUCUCCGGCGCACUGGCCCGAGCAGCACUGACGGACCUGGCUCGAAACAAGACAGACCGAGUCCGCUUCCGUUGACCAAGCACCCUGAGCCAGAGCCUUCGAAACGUAGCCAGCCUAAGAAAGCACUCACCUUUAACCUGGGGCCAUCCACGUCUCCUAGAACCAAAGCCAAACAGUUUAAGAGGUCUCCACGGGACUCUCCGGAACAGAGAGCCUCUCCAUCCCCUUCUCCCAGCCCCGUGUCCCCUCAUGUGCCAUCUCCCUCCCCGUCACCACCCAUAGGUCCAUCCAAAGAGGAAGUCUUUAGGAAAGUUCUCCAGCAACAGGAGAGACUUAGGGCCAUGGAAACCCAACUAGAAGCACUAGAGAAGGACUCGCAUACCUGGGAUCGUCCCUACCCAUCCCCUUGUCCCUCUCCAGUCUCUGACACUCGUCUACAAGAGGAGGUGGACACUCUUGAGCAAGUGAUGCGGAGGAACCAGGCCGAGCUCGCUCACGAGCAGUACUGGGAGGAGGAGCUUCAGGCAGAGGGGGAAAAAGAGCGAGGGAUGAGGAGGAAGCUGGGGGAGCUCCAUGCCAAGUUGGACGACUGCGGACGACGGCUCCACGAAUUCUCGGUCCGCUCCGCUCAGCUCGAGCAAGAGAUCCAGCGGGAAAGCCAGGCAGAGGGGGCAGCCAACGUGCCCGAGGAGUCCCUCGACGCCGUGGCGACAGAGCUCCAGAGCCGGGAGAGGCAAGGCUCGGAGCUGGAGCAGAAGCUUUCUGAGACUGACAAGGCUAUGGGGAAGGCAGAGUCUCUGCUGCAGGCCAAACAGGAGGAGCUGGAGGAGCUGAACAAGGAGCUGCGGCAGUGUAACCUGCAGCAGUUCAUUCAGCAGACAGGUGUCCUGCCCGGGCACACGCACUCACGCACAGAGCUCCAGGAGCAACUAGAGCAGCUAGAACUAGCACAUCUGCUGCAAGAUGGAUACAGGAACGGAAGCCGCAGUGCAACUCCAGUGGAGUCGCCACCUCGCCCCACUGCCAAGCAGUUCCUGGGACAUCCACGCAACCUGCAAAACCCUCUAGUGUCCAGUCUCAACCCUGAGGUCCUGACAUCCCGAGAGUCGUCAUGGAGAUAAAUCCUUGGACCCCAGGGCCAGGGGGAAAACUUGUUCACUGUUCUGUCACCGUCACCUCGUAUCUGACCAUUUCUUUGUAACUCUUUCUUCGAUCUACCAUGGUAUACAUACUGUUUAUACAUAAGACAAAUAUAUUUACAGAGUUUUUUUUUCUACUCUAAACACUGCAAUGUAUCUGUAUGAAAUGUAAAAUAAUUUAGAAAACCUUUUAUCUAGAGAAAUUAUUACCAUUACUAUGUAUUUAAAUAUAAUAAAAAAUGUGUAUUGUGUUUUA